AUGCUUCGCUGGUACCAACGAAAGCUCGCCUCGCGGCCGUUGUUGACGCAGAGCGUCACUACCGCUGUGCUAUUCGCCGUCGGCGAUAUCACAGCGCAGCAGGCCGUCGAGAAGAAGGGGCUUGAAAAGCACGAGCUUGCCCGAACUGGUCGCAUGUUUCUCUACGGUGGCGCCGUCUUCGGCCCCGCAGCCACGACCUGGUACGGGAUCCUGCAGCGCUCGAUCCAGCUGCGCAACAAGAAGGCCGAGAUGGUCGCGCGCGUGGCCGCCGACCAGCUGAUAUUUGCGCCGACCUUCAUCGGGAUAUUCUUGUCGAGCAUGGCGGUUAUGGAGGGCGGGUCCCCUAAGGAGAAGCUGGCCAAGAGCUACGCGCCUGCUCUCCAGACAAACUACCUCAUCUGGCCCUUCGUCCAGAUGGCUAACUUCACCUUCGUGCCCCUCGAGCACCGCGUCCUCGUUGUCAACCUCGUCAGCAUCGGUUGGAACUGCUACCUUAGCAUGAUCAACAGCCAGAAAUGA